AUGAACGGAAGUUUCCAACUGCCUCCUGGAAUGGACAUGCAAGCCAUGUUCAACACAUUCAUGCAGACAAUGAUGCAGCAACAAAAUCAACAGAAUAUGACAGUCGUCCAGGCAGUCGAUCAAAGCAGCAAUAGAAAACGCGAUCGAGACGAAUCUUCAGAUUCUAGCGAUGAUGAAAAGCCAAGAAAAGUGCUGGGAAACCGGAAGUCGAAUUCGAAAGCAAAGCCAAUCCGCAACUUCGAAACUAAAAAGAACGAAAUGCUGAAAGAAAUCAACAAUGCGAUUCAUGCCAUGACAAUUUUCAAAGAAAAAGCUGCUCAGAUGGAAACCAUCCUUGGCAAGAUCAACGUUGAUAUGGACAAAACGGAGACGAUGCUCAAGGAGUCAGCGCAAGAAUUGCUGAACUCGACUUUGGACGAAACCAUGGAGCAACUCGAAAAGGGAGAAAUCGACGGAGUCCUCAUCUAG